AACAAAUUCCCACGCAUGCGACUCGGAAACACGUCUGAUGAUUUUCCCUCUCAACUUAACAUCCUGAUUCUGAUUUUUUUUUUAGACUCCUCCACUCGAGCUUCAUUUGUGGACUAAACUGUUUUCUCACUUUGUUGCUUUUAUGUCUGACGAGGUGUGAAUCCCGAAGGAACUGGUCCACUCCUCCUCCUCCUCCUCCUCCUCCUCCACCUCCUCGUCGUGGUGCCGCAGCAGCAGCAGCCAACGCGAGCCCUUCAUGCUGAAGUGUGCUGACACUGAGGGGAGCAAUUUCAGUGCAUCCCUGUGAACACACACACACAUAUCGUGGAGCCCUUGGAUCCCCACUCCUCACCAGAGACAAUGAGAGGCUACCUGCUGACUGCAAUCUUUCUGUUGCCCUUGGUGGCUUCAGAGUCCGAGCACUGCAUCAUCAAGCGUGAACAUGAGAAAUGCAUGGAGAGGAUCAUGCUACACAACCCCGGUGAUGACCUGGAGUUAGUGUGUCCGUGGAUGUGGGACAACCUGACCUGUUGGCAGGCAGCCAACAUUGGAGAAGUGGUGUGGGUCAACUGUCCGGAGCUCUUCCAUGAUUUCAUGGGUCCUGACGAUGAAAUGGGGAGAGUCAGCCGUAACUGCACUGAGUAUGGCUGGUCUGAACCUGUCCCUCACUAUGUUGAUGUCUGCUUCUUCUACGACAACAACACUAAACCUGACACUUACUACUCUUCAGUCAAGGCUCUGUACACGGUGGGCUACAGCACAUCGCUAGUGUCUCUUACCACAGCUAUGGUCAUCCUCUGCAGAUUCAGGAAGCUCCACUGCACCAGGAACUUCAUUCACAUGAACCUGUUUGUGUCCUUCAUCCUGAGAGCCAUCUCAGUCUUCAUCAAGGACGGCGUGCUGUAUGCUCAGGAGGACAGCGACCACUGCUUCGUACACACAGUGGCAUGUAAAGCCGUAAUGGUUUUCUUCCAUUACUGCGUCAUGUCCAACUAUUUCUGGCUCUUCAUCGAAGGUCUGUAUCUCUUCACCCUGCUGGUGGAGACUUUCUUCCCUGAGAGACGCUACUUCUACUGGUACACCAUUGUAGGAUGGGGGACUCCCACCAUCUGUGUCACCGUCUGGGCAGUUCUCAGGCUCCACUUCCAUGACACCGGAUGCUGGGAUACAAAUGAGAACACUGCCCUCUGGUGGGUGAUUAAAGGACCAGUUGUAGCCUCCAUUAUGAUCAACUUUGUGCUCUUCAUUGGAAUAAUAAUCAUCCUGGUGCAGAAGCUUCAGUCCCCUGACAUUGGAGGGAACGAAUCCAGCAUUUACCUCAGCUGUGCUCAGAAAUGCUUCAGUGAGCCCACACAGGCUGUUCAGCAUUCGUGCAGGAUGUCAGAGUUAUCCACCAUCACACUGCGUUUGGCGCGGUCCACCCUCCUGCUCAUCCCUCUGUUUGGUAUUCACUACACUGUGUUUGCCUUCUCACCUGAAGACGUCAGCAAGAGGGAGAGACUGGUCUUUGAGCUGGGGCUUGGAUCCUUCCAGGGCUUUGUUGUAGCUGUCCUGUAUUGUUUCCUCAAUGGAGAGGUGCAGUCGGAGAUCAAGAGGAAAUGGCGCAGCUGGACGGUGAACCGAUACUUUGCUGUGGACCUGAAGCAACAAAGGCACCCUUCAUUGGCCAGCAGCGGAGUGAACGGCGGGACUCAGCUGUCGAUUCUAAGCAAGAGCAGCUCCCAGAUCCGCAUGUCCAGCCGCUGGCGGAGAACGCCAACAUCAGCCUCCCCACCUGAGCGUGUGACAGGCAGGAGUCAACUCAAGGUGCCGUUCACUAAAUGUAAUUCCAGACCAACCAGAGCAGACCAAAGUGGCCCCUUCAACUCUUAUUUUGUAGUCCAUCUUUAAGCAAAUGAGGUACUUUUGAGAGCAUUUACUGGAGCUUCUUCACAGGUGCAUAGCUGAGAUACAUACUUGAUUCAUUUGAUUCUAAAACCUCAUUUAUGUGAAUACUUUAGUUAACUGCAGAUUGCAAGUUUUUAUAUUAAUGAUGCACUUCACAUUUUUACAAACAAACCAAUCUAUCUAUUGGCUGUUAAAAACCAACAUUUAUUUUUUCGUCUUACUUCAAUUUAACCCUGAUUUUUAAUUAACAAAUAAAAGUACAACAGAGUUGGUGCCAAAAGAACAGUACUAAAGCUAGACUUAAAGUUCAACAAUAAUUGUAGGGGUCAUAUUUGGCUGUUGGGUGGAAAGUAAAUGUGAUUCAAAGUGCCAAACAAGUUGCCUGACUGAAUCUGAUCUUGUAACAGGCCAGAGUUCAAUAUCAACAAACCAAAUGUUCGCCUUGCUUGUACAUAUGCUCAUUGUUUAAUUGUUCCAUCUUGAAUUUUGACAUUUUUCUACAAUCAGCCGUAAGUACAGAGUAUGUCAAAAGAUAUAUUGAAAAGAAACAGCUCAUGGACUUUGUAAAUAGUUAGUCUUUAGUGUCUGGAUCAUAUUAGUUUUCUUUUGCAUAACGCAGUAUUGUAAUGACCUUUUCAAACAAAAGGAACUGGAGCUCAAAUCUGUAGACUUCAUCAUAAAUACUGAGGACAGAGGAGAUCUUACCCUGAACUAUUUGCCUGUAUUAUAUUCAAACACAGUAUUUUCUGUAUAAGAACAAAGUGCCAAUGAAUAAUAAGUGUGUGGCUGUGAGUCCCAGCCUCUGUCACAAAACAAACCUGACUCGUGUUGACAUUCAGUUACAAGAAGUAGAUAAUUAUGAACAAUAUUUUGUGCUCCAUUAAAUUCUUUUUAUAUUUGAGGACAUUUAUGUUAAAGCGCAAAACUUUUAACAUCUCAAGGCACUCUGAGAUGGAAAUUUGAGAUUUUCUUGAAGUGCUCUCAGCUGGAACAAAUAUGACACUUGUGAUUUUGUAUUUUUAAAGGUCACAAAACCAAAAAAAUAAGGAACCACUGCUGAAGAGGAAAGCAGAAUACAUGAGGGAUUACAUCUUUGGAUUUAAAAGUCUAAAUCUACAGUCUAUACUGAAUUAGCCUCACAUUUAAUAACAAAUCUACAGCGGUUUCCUCCUGCUGUUUUCUCUCUCACAGACAUGUCAGUUGCGUUCUUGCAGACUGUGAACAGAAACACUAAUGUGCCAUUUUCUGGAUGCUUUUAUUCCAAGCUCCUCAUAGUGCCAUGAGUUUAUAUGUACAGUAUUUUUAUCGAAGGCAAGGAGAAUUAAACCCUCAACAUGCUAUUUUCUCUGAGCCUCGAAUCAUCUCGCAAUAUUUAAUUGAUUUUCAUAAAAUUCUGUUUGAACUAAUCAUUUCUCACAUUCCAAAGUGCCUCGCCAGUCACAAAUAGCUCUCACUUUUAUUUACAGAGGUGUAAAAAGUUAUUGUAAAGGUUUAGAAAGAUUUGUUUCCUGCAAAGAAUGUUCAGGGUGAUGUGUUGUAUCGUGGAUCACUAUGAAAAGUUUUGAAUUCUAAGUACUGUGCUUCAAAUUUUUUGCUCUUUCAUUUAGUCGUUCUUGUUUGUCUUUUUCUAUAACUGGCAUAAAGGGAAAAGAGUCCUGCUGUUUAUUUGAAAUCAUGAGUUGGACAAGACUUGGGUAAUUUCUCUUCAUAAUUGCUGCUUUACUGAGCCUAUUGGUUGCAACUACCAUCCAUUCAAGACAAGUGAAGAUAUGUAACAAUUCAGAACCAACGCAGAACACAUAAACUCAUCAAAACAGACACAACUUAAAGUCAACAUGAUGCUUUAAUGUGACAGCUCUUGACAAUCACAGAGUGUUACCCUUUUCUUUACUCAUCUCUUCUGUGUGCACAAACAAGCUUUUAAAAAUGAUCAUGUAAUGAAAGAUGAAAUGAUCUGUACAGGAGGAUUAAUCCACCAUAUUUACUCAAGAUAUUUAUUUUUUGCACUUUCAUCAGAGUGGAUUAAAUGAAUGUAGUUAAUUCAUACGAUGAAUUGUUGGAGUUAUUACAGAUUUUAUAUUUAUUUUCCAUGAACUAGUGUCAUGAGUUUUUUCAAUGGACAGUAUUAAUGUCUUCUUGGUUGUUACUAUUGUAAACCUGGUGUAUGAUUUCAUAACACAAAGUUAAGUGGACUCUUUUGGUCAAAGUGCCAUAAAUGUAGUGCCAAUACUGAUGACAGUGAAAGAGGUUUUUGGCAUCAUGUCUCAUGAUAUUAAAAAAAAUUAAAAACAUACAAAUUGUAUAUGAAAUCGCUGUGCAGAGGAUGUUAUCAGAGAUGAAACACAAAUGAAACCUCUAAAAAGCUACUGAGAAGAUGAGUCUGUUUCAUCUGCUCAGCUGCUUUUAGACUAAAAAAAAGAGAUAUGACUGUGAGAAAAGAUACCUUCAAGGGAACUAGAGCCAGAGGAAGAGAAAUAAUGUAAUUUUGUUUUAAUUAGGAAGGGUUCAGAAGGUGGAAGAACUGCAACAGAUAAAACACAAAGUGUGUAUGAGGGUGUGAUUAAAUAACCACUCCACUGCUGCUUACGUGUUCUAUCACCAGCCGUCACUCUGAGUCUGAUUCAGCUCAGAUGGAAACGACCAUGUCUCAAAGCUGUUACUGUGUGAAAAGAAGAGUUUUCAAAACUCCUCACUUGACUGUGUCUCUGCUGUAUAUUUGUUGACCACAAGGUGGCAAUCAAGUGCUAGAAUUUUACUUUACCAGUUUGCUGAAAAAAGGGAAAGUUUGACUGGCAUCAGUUUGCUUUUUCAGUGUUUUAGAUGAAAUGAAAGAAAGUUGGGGCAUUGAGGCAUUUGUAUGCCACAUUCUUAACACCGCUUAUUAUUUCUUAUCUUGCAUUAAAGCUGCUGUUGGUAGUCAGAGUAAACAUCUGUUCAGAGAGAGGGACUUCAAAUGUCAACACUAUCCCUCCCAACCAGAUUUCCUCUUAGCCCCCCAACACAGAUCGGCGUGUGCAGUCAUGAUAGUGCCGGACUCAUAACCAAUCGGAGGACGUAGUAGGGGCCGCCCCUUAACCAAUCAGGACAGAGGAUUGGAGAUUAGCUGUGAUUGGUCCGUCAUAACGGGAACGAGGGGAAUAAUAACAUUGCUUGAUACAAAGGCAUUGGAAAACGCAGAGAUUUGGCAAUAUUCUCAAACUACUCCACUUACCAAUGAGUACCGACCUACCUACCAACCAACAGCAGCUUUAACACAAAUCAUUACAUAAGCCCAAACAAAAUGUUAUUUUCUCAAUGAGAACUGAUGUGCAACUAUGUAACUAUUGGCUGUUUUGUUGCAGUGUCCUUAAUCAAACACAAACUCUAAAGCCCAAGAUCCACAGGAUGCGUCGCGUUACGUUACGGCUGUGCCGCGCACGUCGCAGCAAAUAGGUUCCCAUUCAAGUCAAUGCUCUAGAGUCCACAGGGCGCGCUGCGGCGCGUCUCAGCUCCGUCUCUGGAGCGUUUCGCCGCGCCGCUCUGCCAGAGAUACGCGGGGAGUCUAUUUUCGCCGCUCCCCGCGCCCAGCACGCGUCAAUCGACACAGAAAUGAUCGAACUAUCCCAGAAGUCAGGCACGAGGAUCGUAUGCAACAUCCGCUCACUUUCAAAAUAAACACCAUGUGCAAACACAAGAUCGUAAAUUUCACCACUUCUUCAACAUUACGUCAUAACCUGUGGCAUCGGGCCAGACGUCAGUCUCAAAGAUAUCCGACACCAUGGACGAGGAAAAGUUUAUACUGUGUUGUUCUCGCGCGUUUUGGAGUUCUCGAGGGAUCUUGAGUUUCCUGCUCCGGAGUGCGCGCCGCUCCAAACACGCAUCCUAUGGACCAGGGCGAAAGCCCCGGACGGAGCAGAGCCGUGUCGCAGCCGUAACGCGGCGCACACGCAUCCUGUGGACUCCCCGAGUUAGUUUGGCUUUUAAAAUAUUAUCAUAAUCAGGCAUUGCAAUAUUUAGCUUCAUUUUAAUCUAAGCUGACCACACUGUCUUUAAAUUCUCCUCCUUUUUAUCUUUAAUCGCAACCAUUUUUUUAUGUGUUAAAAAAAAAGAAGACAUUUCCUAAAGUGGUUGUUGGAUAUUUUGGAAAAAUGUUUGUUCGCUUUUCUGCAAAGAGUUAGAUGAGAAGUUUGUUACCACUGUGCUUAAUGUUAAACUAGCAGAUAAUUAACUAAGCAAAGCACAAAGACUCUAAGUUGGCUCUGACCUAAACAACUAUGAAGCUACAACAUUGUGCUAUUUUUUAAUACUUUGUCUUUGUACAUAUUAUUACAACUAGUAAAAUGUUUAGCUUCAAGUUAACAUCUAAAAGCUAUGUCCCCCUGGAGAGAACAGAGCAGCUAGCUAGUCGAUGUUUACUUGCCAGCUAGUAAAUAUUUCCAAACUACCACUUAGUUUUCAUCUACAGUAUAUUUAGCUGUACCACCGAAGCAGAUGGAAUAACUUGCUAGUAAAUUACUGCUCUAUUUGUUAGGUAACAUUCACUCCCAAGCUGUUAUCCCUGAUCUAAUACAUGAGAGCUAGCCAAGAGAUGUUAGCCAAGUACUGGCUAGCUUAUGUCUACUGGUUAGAUUUCCUCUGUUUCCAGUAUCUUGUCAUCUGUCUUCACUUCUAACUCUUGGCUAGAAAGCAAAUAUUUCAUGUCCAUCCUAAAAUGUCAAACUACUUCUUUGAAUCAAACUUUUACCCUUAGUGUGGCAUAUCUUUGUGUAUAAAAGCCUUUCUGUGGCGGCUCUGUGUUGAGCCAGUUUUAUCAAGUGUUGAGUGUGUGUGAGCUGUACUGAUUGCAAAUGAAUUUUUGAAUGUACCGAUGUUGCUCAGCUGCUCUUAAAUGUUGCCUGCUAUCAAUUUGCCAUAGUGUACAAAUGAUGUCUUUUCUUGAUUAUAUAUACAGUACUCUGUAUGUAUAUUUUUUUGGCACACAGGUAGACCUCUUGACAAAAACCUGUAUUGUUUGUGACCGUGUUUUUGUAUAUUUAUGUUGAUGUAGCCUUUCUGUUUUCAGAGUGUGUGUGUGUGAGAGAGAAUGUGUGGAAGUUUGAGAGAGUGGUUCUGUGAGCAUGUGUCUGUAAUGACAAGCACUCAUGAGAAUAUAACUUAAAUGUCAAAAAAUAUUUAAAAAUUCAUUUACAUUAUGUUCUGUGAAAGUGUAUGAUGUGCAACAUGUGUUCUGGUGUCAAAUAUCCAUGUCUCAAGUUGUGUAAAUUUGACUGCAAAAUAAAUCUAUCUGUGGUUUGUUGUUGUA